AUGGCUAGCCCGGAGCGUGCCUGCCAAUCGCAGUCUUUCGAUGAGCGUCUCCGAGGCUCUGAGUUACCGGACUCGCGCAGGGCGCGCAGUGGUGGUGACCUUGCCCACCUGGCAUCGGCAGCAGCAUCGAUGUAUGUAGGAAAGGUGAUACCCGUCGCCAAAUCGACACCCUACUUGCCUCAGCGGAUGCUGAAUGUGAGUGAUGCGUCCGAUAAUCUGGACGACUCCACCAGCAAGACACCCUCCACCAGCAAGCGGGUGCCGAUGGAUAUCUCGGAGCUGGUGAAGCAAUUUGAAGAUUUGAUGCAUGACUUUCGAGAAGAUCCACAAGAGCACAGCUCACUCUUCAAUGUCAUUGGGCCCAACCCUUGGAACUUAGGCUUUAUUCAAACUGGACCUUUGCAGAAGAGGGCCAUCAACCUCCUAAAGGUCUUUUCGCGGAGUAUUGUGCUGCAGUUCCCCAGGGCCUACUCGCUGGAAGAGUCAAUGAAGCCUCCGGGCGUCCGGGGCUGGCUACGACCGUGCAACCUUUGCUUGGAGGACGUGGGGCAGUGGACGCAGAUAUGUUUGAUCCAUGUGUCUGCCUUUUGCAAGUACGACAAUCUGGAGAAAGAUGUGCAGUUGAUUUUGAGUCAGGGAGGGAACAUCAAUGCGAGAGCCUUCUUCGAGGUCUCGCUGCCAUACCAAGACAGGGACGAGCCGACGGCGGUGAGCUGCUCCGUGCAGCCGCUGCAUCUGGCGGUGCACGCGGGGAAUCUGCGGGGAGUGGAGGUGCUCUUGCGGCAGAAGGCGGCCCUGGAAUCCAGGUCCACGUUCGAUGCUGUGCCCGACUUCACUCCUUUGCACCUGGCGACCGCUUUAUGGGCGCGGAUGGGAGAAGAGUCCCUGAAGCAGCAUGAGGUGGUGAAACUACUGCUGAGUCACACGGCCGACCCCCAUGCCGUGGACCUGAGCGGUGCCAGCUGCAACGAUUUGAGGCCCGGGGGCCACAAGACGCGUCCCGCGCCCUCAUUGAAGAGAGGAAUGGUGGUGACGGUGGACGUGGACCUCGCGAAAAAGUUUCGGCUCCAGCGGCAAGCGCAAUUGCUGCUGCAGGAGGAGGAGGAUGCCCGGCGCUCAGAGUUCGUGAUCAUGGAGAACGUCGAAGAUGAAAGCGAGCAUGAGCUGGUACAUAUCCAAAUGAUCCAUACGGAGCUAUUGGAAGAGCCCAAGCACAUCAAACUCCCUCAGAGCUGCGUCACGGUCAUGGGCUACCGGCUCUUCAGCUACUUCUGCCACCUGCACGCGGCACAACUCGAUGGCACCGGUUCGGGUGAUGUGGCCUCGGGAGCCUCGCCGAAGUCAUUCAGUAAAUCGCGCACCACCACCGUGAACUUCGAGGACGAAGACCUCUCUGGCUCGCUCCCUCUGCAGGACUUCAAGCGUUCGCGCUUCGUGACGAUCGGCUCGCCAGAGCAUGCAGACUCUCAGGAGGUGCUAGACUUGGAAUCUGAGAUUUGCCCGGAGAUGCCCAUGGAGGAGGUCGUGCAGAUGAAGCUGGACAACCCGCUUCGGCCAGGACAUUUCUACCGCAAGCGGAAUUUGGUGACCUCUGGCUACAUGCUGCACUUCGCUGUGGAUGAGCUGAUCCGGGCCGGGACAGAGACCGAGACCCUGGAAGAGGUUCUCAGGUCGUUGGUCCAGCUCAGGGCGGAUGUGCACAGCCGUGCCUUUGUGAAGCGGAACGUGUCGAACGACUUCUACGAGGUGACUGCUAUGCACAUGGCAGCAGUGAGUUUCUGUCUACCAGCAGUGAAGUUACUCUUGGAGAUGAAGUCCUCAAUCGAAUCGGCGGCCACCUUUGAUCGGAUCCCCUGCUGGACGCCCUUGGCCGAUGCCCUCCUGGCCACCGUGGACUUCGGCACCCGGCGUGCGGCCGUGGCGGCCGCGCGCAGGGAGAAGGACUGUGUGGUCACGUACCUGCUGAACGAGCGUGCAAACCCAGAUGGCUGCGGCGGCAGCGGAGGCCUAAGCUGCCUUCAUUUGGCCGUCGGAAAGAACUGCGACUCGGAGAUUGUGAGCAUGCUGGUGGAGAACAGCGCGGAUGUGACAUUGAAGACCAGCACCUACGUGCGCGCCACGCGAGCUCACGGCAACCGCGGUUGGGACCGUGGCUUGACGCCGUUGCAGAUUUGCGACUAUGCCGACCAGGUCUAUUCUCAGAAGGCACGGAGUGAAGUGAUGGCACUUCUGGCACCUUCCUUGCGGGGUGCCUCCUUUUUGUUGCAGGACGUCACCAGCAUGUCCGCCUUCAGCCUGAGUGCUGCGGACGAGCUGGUGAAACGAGUCAUCGAGGAGGCCAAGAAGGAGCGUAGGCAAGCACAGUAUGACUUCGGAGGUGACGACAAAGUGCACGAGGACGGAGUGGCCUUGCUGGCUGCGGCAGCACAAGAUCUGGCAUUCCAAAUUGGCUCCGAAGGCUUCCUGUACAAGGGCGAGCCUGUCCGGCCCCUCCUGGGCCGAUCAGAUGGGAUCGUCAGCGGCGAAGCAGCUGCACCAAGAAGGCCGGGCGAGUCCGCGGACGAUGAGGACGGAGGACGUCCGUGGGACGACGUGUCACGCGGCCGCGGGGUGGACGCCGCGUCCGUGGACGGCGAUCGGGACGUGUGCAUCAAGGUACUGCUGGUGGCCAACAUCUUGGAUGUGCGCGUGAUGAUGGCGCUGACCAGCGUCGGCUGGAGCGAGAUCUUCGCUGAGAAGGUCGUUCAGGCGAUACUUUCAGCUGGCUACGAGCAGUUUUGCUUUCGGCCCAUCAGUGCAGCCUUGAUUCAAGAGACGAUCCUUUUUGCGGCCUUCCUGUCUUGGUCCUUUGGCUGUGAAUUCUGGAUCUUCCCGCAGACGAAGAAGAUCGCAUGGGCGGUGAUCUUCGCGAUUUUCAUCAAUGAGUCGAUCACCAUCACCUGGUGGCUGCGAGGCCAUAUCUCCCAUGGAUGGACGCUGAAGCAGUUCUUCCUUCACCCCAUGACCAGUUUUCGCCUUUUUCAGCUCUAUUUGCUCUGGUGGCUCCUCUGGAGGACCUUCUUUGGCUAUGACCUGGAUCACAGCUGGCGCGGGGAUGAGGACAUCGGCGACAACAAACGAACCUUCGAGAGGAGUUUGUUGGGCGCGAAUUUGCUUCUGCAGUGCUUCCUCUUCAUCUUCUUGGCGAAAGGCGCUUCGCCCAGACUGGAAUUUGGACGGCACUUGCUGGCAAUCCUGCACUCCUUCAUGCGGCUGGGUGUCAUUUUCACUGUCCUGUUCUUGGUUUUUGCCAGCUUCACCUCUGCAUAUUUAGUGAUGGGCUCGCGCUUGCCCUUGCGCGCGUUGAUCGAGAAGGUCUACCGGGGCCUCUUCCUGGCCGACGGGGAAGGCUUGGACGUGAUGGAGGGCGAAGACCACCGUGGAGAAUUACAGCCGAACAACUUGGACACCUAUCUCACACUUCUCUCCACCUUCAUUGUGACGAUUUGCUUACUGAACGUGUCCAUCGCUGUCUUCACCAUGGAGUAUGAAGCUGCCAUCAAAGAGUCAUGGCUCCACUUCUGGCGCUGGCGAGCACGUCUUUGUACCGAGGUGCUGCUGUGCCCUCGCUGGCCGUGGAAAUUCGAAAGCAAGAACUCCCUCUGUGUGGAGCGUCGCUUCGUGGCCAAGUACCUGGAGUGGGCGGUCGCCAGGCUUAAAGAUGAUUUGCUGCCAAGCAUCUACAACAGCAGGUUCUGUCAGAGGACCUUCAACCUCUUCGGGUACCGGAUUUCCUGGGAGCCGUUGCUGCCACAAGCCACGGAGGAGGAGAAGGAUGAUGACGCCGAGUAUGUCCGCUUAGUGGGGUGGAUCACCGUUGCAUCAGUGACCUUGCUCGGCAUCGUGCUCAUUUGGCUACCCUUCGUCCACGGGGUCUUCAGCGGCCUUCUGCUCGGGCUGGGCCUCACCAUUUUGAAGUCCCUCUGUGCGCGGGGACCCUACGGCAACUCGACGUCUCUUCAGGAUCCGGACGGCGACUCCGAUGAGGAGGAGGAGGAGCAGAAACGCGGUGCAGAACGGCCUCAUUUCCUUUGGAUUUGUUACAGGGCCGAUUAUGAUGCCAAUGUCACUCGGACUUCAGUCACCGGGGUGGGAAGGCAAGGAGUCACCCAGACCAAAGUGAACCGCUUGGCGCAUUCGCUCGACACCUAUGGCCGUGAGGUCACCGGUAUUUCGGAGACCCUCAGCAAGCUGGCGGAGACCGUGCAACGCAUGGAUGCCAAGUUGGCCCCUCGAGAAGGGCACUUGGCUCCUCCGGGCGCUCCGCUGGACUUGCACCGCGCCUCCAGCUCACCCAACGAACGCAGGAUUUUGAUUCUCCGCCGGCAGGGCAGUGUCAUGAGCCAGAGGAGCACGAUGAUGGAUCCUAGGCGCAACAUGGUGCACAACAGCGAGCAACGCCCGCAGUUGGGCUUGGGGACAGGCAUUGUUCAUACCCAGGAUCCUGUUAUGUCAAUCUCCUUCAAUCCCUCGAGUGGAGCACCCGAAGGGCUCAAGGGCGACCUGUUCGAGGUGAACCAGGUCCUAAAGGCGUAUGCUCAGAGGAAGCAGUGGCGUCAGGCGUUGGGCCUGUUGAGCCGCUGUUUUAGCCCAGACAUCUACAGCCUCAACACGGUCAUCGCUGCAUGUGCCCGCAGCAAGCAGUGGGCGCUCUCUCUGGGCCUUCUCUGGGACAUGCCAAAGUCGUUCCAGUUGAGACAGGACGUGGUGAGUUUCAACUCAGUGAUGAGCUCGUUGCCUUGGCGGAUGUGCCUCACCUUGCUGGAAUGCAUGGAAGGUCUCGAGGUGGCGCCGGACGCAGUGACCUACAACAGCAUCAUGAAGAGCAACCCUCGGCACUUGGCAGGGCCCCUGCUGCAACGCAUGCGCGUACAGCAGGUCGCACCCAGCACGGUGACCUUCAACACGGCCAUGGAGUGUGACUGGCCAGGUGCCUUGCAGCUCUUGGAGGAGAUGAACGCCAGCAAGUUGCAGCCCAAUGUCAUCACGUUGAACACCUGCCUCAAGGUCACGAGUAACUGGUGCAAGAGCCUGGCUCUGCUGGAACAUUUGGAAAGCAGGCGCCUAGCUCCCGACGUGAUCUCUUUCAAUACUAUCCUGGCCCAGGGGCCGGUGCCAGCCUUAAUCCACACCGCGAUGGAGCGGCGCAGGAUCGAGCCAGAUUUGCACACCUGGACUUCCAGCAUCACAGCUGCAGGAACCUGGGAAGAAGCCUUGCUUUACCUUUCCCAUUCGAAAGAUCGGGACGUGGCUCUCAUGAACGCCGCCAUGACUGCUUGCGCUGAGGCAGGGGAAUGGGAGCGGGCUUUAGCGCUUCUCUUCUCGCUUCCUCAGUAUGGACUGACCGCCGACGUGGUGAGCUUCAAUGCGACGAUGGCCGCCUGUGAUCAAGGUCAUCAGUGGGACUUGGCGCUGGCUUUGCUCGAGCAGUUGCAGGACGCUCAGCUGCGGCCAACUGUCAUCAGUUUUAGCUCAGUGGCAAGCGCUUGUGAGCAAGCGAAACAGUGGCCAGAAGCCUUGGAGAUGCUGCUAUCCUUGAAACACACCUUCCUGCGUGCGGAUGACGUGGCCUUCAACACGGUGACGAGUGCUUGCACAAGUGGCCAGCAAUGGGCGCGAGCUUUGCAAGUGCUGAAGCUGAGAGAGGAGGAGGAACUGAUGCCCAGUUUGAUCUCUUGCAAUGCGGCCAUUACAGCCAUGUCCGUGGCCGCGGAUGUCUCCAGCGCGCAAGGUGUGCUUGGAAGGAUGUGCCUCCUGCGCUUGGUGCCCUCCUCUGUCACCUGGAAUUCCCUCCUGGCAGCCUGCUGCGCCAGCAAGGAUUGGCGUGCUGCUUUGCAAACGCUCCUUGGGCCCCGGUUGCAAGCUUCGGCCAGGCUGCCAGCCUCGCCCAGCGAGCGCUUCGCAGCAAAGGCGCUGGUGGUGGAGUGCUUGGAAGGUCAAGCAGCAGAGAUGCGCUUCCAGUUGCAGGAGCUCCGAGAUGCCUUGCUGGGCGUGCUGGAAAACGGCACCAGGGACCGAGAACGGAACGACCUCAGCGACGCUCCGAGUCCCAUGGCACCUGAGUCGAUGGGGGUCCAGAAACCACCUGACUUGGGGAUUGGAUUUGAUCCCAAGAUGCUCCAAGAAUUGACACUUCUGACCAUUCCUCUUUGCUUCGACCGACCUCUCGUGGUCGCUUUUACCACCUCAAGCUCCGCGCGCUUUCGCUCCGCGCGCAAGCUCCUCGAGCGGUCGUCUAAGCGACCUCACCUGUUCUCCAAUCCCACCAGCCUGAUGGAUCUCAUCGACAACACCUUGGAAGAGACCCAGAACAACGAGACCCUGGGCAACGACAAGCAGCCUGGCAGACCGUGGCAGACUGGAGCUGUUUGGUGGAGGAAUGCAAAGUAG